GGACCCGGACACGCACCGACAGGAUGCCUCCGUUUGACAAAAGCCAGCCGACCAACAAGCGCUUCAAGCAGCGCAAGAGUUUCGCUACACGCAGGCAGGAGGUGGCGGGGAUCCGGUCCAAGUUCCCCAACAAGGUCCCGGUCAUCAUCGAGCGCUACGAGCGGGAGAAGUUUCUGCCUCCGCUGGACAAAACCAAGUUCCUGGUUCCGCACGAGCUCACCAUGACGCAGUUCGUCACCGUCAUCAGGAACCGCAUGGCGCUGCUGCCCAGUCAGGCCUUCUACCUGCUCAUCAACAACAGCGGGCUGCCCAGCAUGUCGCUCACCAUGGCUCAGGUGUACAAGGACCACCAGGACGAGGACGGCUUCCUCUACAUGACCUACGCCUCGCAGGAGAUGUUUGGACGCUGAGCAGCAGCUGCCUGCUCCACACGUCGGGCCUCCGUCUGCUCUGAACUCUGUGUAGAAGUUCUCACGUUUGUUGUUGCUUUGUGAGGAUGGAUUUUAAUGAUGAUCCAAUAAAUGUUCUGUCCAAACUGAGCAGUGACCAGGUUCAGGAGGGUCCCAAACGA